AUGGACAGCAUGAAAGUAAGAGACUAUGACUCCAUCACGUCUUUCCUUGGAUCUUGGGGACCUUUUCAACGCAUGGUUUUUUUAUCAUUGGCGGUCAGCGUCAUUCCAAAUGGAUUAACCGGUAGUUACAUAGUUUUCGUUGGUGAUACCCCACCUCACGAAUGCCAUAUUCCAGAAAAUUACAGCAUCAGUGAGAUGUGGAGAAAUGUUACGAUACCAAUGGAAACCGUCGAUGGCACGACGAGACGCAGCUCUUGCCAGAGACUUCAUCUGGAGACUGUCAGGAAUUACUCUCAAUUGAACAUAAUUCCAAGUGUGGACGUGAACGUGAGUGAAAUUCCUUUGGAGGAGUGCCGGGAUGGGUGGUCUUACAGCAAAGAAAUCUACCAGUCAACUAUAGUUACAGAGUGGGAUUUAGUAUGCGAUAAUGCAUAUAAAGUGCCGCUGUCCACCUCCAUUCACUACAUUGGCGUGUUAUUUGGAACUCUGAUAUCUGGCCAGAUGUCUGACAGGUUUGGGAGGAGGCCUUUACUCUUUGCCAUGAUGGCUCUUCAGACAGUGGGAAUCACAGCACAGAUCUUCUCACCAAGCUGGGAGAUUUUCUGCCUGAUUUUCUUCUUUGCGGGUGCAGGGGUGUACUCCAAUUAUACCAUUGGAUUCGUGUUGGGAUCAGAAGUUCUCAGCCCAAAAACCCGAGUGUUUUUUUGCUCACUGGGUGUCUUUAUGAGCUCUGCACUGGGGUACAUGGCAAUGCCUCUAGCAGCCUACUUCCUCCGUGAUUGGCGGCUGCUGCUAGUUGUGAUGGCGGGGUCUGGACUCAUCUACAUCCCUCUGUGGUGGUUCAUCCCAGAGUCCCCCCGCUGGCUGCUUUCUCAAGGAAGAAUUAAGGAAGCUGAGGCCAUUCUAAGAGAGGCUGCAAAGAUGAAUAAAGUACCAACUCCAGAGGCCAUUUUUACGCAAGCCGAGAUUGAACAAGCUCAGGCUAUGAACGAUGAGAAAAUCAACAUUAUAUCUGUCCUGAGAAGCUGCAAUAUCACGAUUAUCAUAUUGCUCUGUGCCAGUCUGAUGAUCAUCACAAGUAGUUACAAUGCUCUGGUCCUCAACACUUCCAACAUUCACGGUGACCCCUUCCUGAACUGCUUUUUGUCGGCUGUGAUGGAGGUCCCAGCAUACUUAAUUGCCUUGUUGUUGCUCAAGUUUUGCUCCAGGCACUUCUGUCAGUCUUCCACUCUCUUCCUGGGGGGCGUGAUGAUCCUCUGUGUCCGUCUCAUUCCAAUAGGUAAUACUCAAAACACUCAGAGAAAUGUUGUUGGUCAAUGA